AUGGGGUGGAGGCAACUUUUGCGUACGAUCAUACCAUACCAUGUUAUCAUCCAGGCCCAGCUAUAUGGCGCGUCAAAACCGCGUUAUCCUGCCUACAGUUCAACGCUGCAAGGACGCGUAGAAGUCGCGUUCUCCCUCGUGGCUUUUCGUGUUUUUUUUCGUGUUUUUUUCGUGUCGUGGAUACGCGUCGUGACUGACGAUGUCUCACACGAGGCGAUUUAG